GCCCUUAUUUUUAAAGGGACAGGCCACCUCUUAUUAUCAAUGACUUCCUGUCUUUGUAUGACGUUGAAAUAUAAGGAAGAAUAAUUUUCUUUCCUCUAAAAUAUUAUUAGUACAAUGGAUUUUACCAGUGAUUCAGCUGGAUUCCGACACCGUAAGUUACAGUCGAAAGGGAGAAUGAAGAAUACAGCACCAGACGUGUCAGAUCCAAACCAGCUCUUUGAUGACACUAGUUCUGGACCUGCUAGGCACAGAACCCAGGAGAUGUCAAGGAUAGGUUACCCUGCCCAGGGCUUGCUUUCUGAACCUGUGUCCAAUUUUGCCAUGGCCUAUGGAAGCAGCCUGGCCGAUCACGGCAAGGAGAUGGUCGACAAAAACUUGGCUCGCUUUAUUCCUAUUUCCAAGCUGAAAUACUACUUUGCUGUGGACACAAUCUAUGUGGCAAAGAAGCUGGGCCUUCUGGUUUUUCCUUACAUGCACCAGAAUUGGGAGGUCAGUUACCAGCAAGAUACUCCUGUAGCUCCCAGAUUUGACAUCAAUGCUCCAGAUUUGUACAUCCCAGCAAUGGCUUUUAUUACAUACAUUCUGGUGGCCGGUUUAGCAUUUGGUACCCAAGACAGGUUUUCCCCAGAGAUCUUGGGUAUGCAGGCCAGUUCGGCUCUGGUUUGGCUCGUCAUUGAGGUUCUGGCCAUGUUGCUCAGUCUUUAUCUGCUCACAGUUAACACAGACCUCACUACGAUCGAUCUCAUCGCCUUUUCUGGUUACAAAUAUGUGGGAAUGAUUGUCGGAGUACUGGCAGGACUGGUAUUUGGCAGAAUCGGUUAUUACUUAAUGCUGCUUUGGUGCUGCAUUUCCAUAUUUGUGUUCAUGAUUCGUACUCUAAGGCUGAAGAUCCUGUCAGAGGCUGCGGCGGAGGGAGUGCUGGUCCGGGGGGCCAAGAACCAGCUACGGAUGUACCUAACCAUGGCCAUUGCAGCAGCCCAGCCCAUUUUCAUGUACUGGCUGACCUUUCAUCUCAUUAGGUAGAAACAAAAAACAAAACAAAAACACAAAACUGAACAAAUUAUUUGAAUCACAGACAGGAUACUACCUCUCAUAAAACAAGACUCUUCUCUCACCCUUUGGUUGUAGAAACAAGGCUUUCUCAUUUAAGCAAAAUGAAAAUGCAUUUUACAAGUUAACAUUUUUUUCCUCUGUUACCACUGUUACCACUGUUUGUCUUUAAUUGACUGUUUUGCGCCCGUAUGUGUUGUAAUUUGUUUAAAUUAUUUUUUUUUACGCAUCGGUCAUUAAGUAUCCCAGGUUUGGUUCAUGAUUCUGUCCAAUCUCAAAAUGCUACGAGCAGAGGAACGAAUGAGAGCGCUAUGUAACCUGUAAGGCUUAACAUGAGAGUUUCCUUUAAAUGACAUUAAAUUUUAAAUGACAUUUGCACAA